AUGGCUGAUGAGACAGCUGUUGCCGACGAGGCUCCGAUCACCUUCACUGUCAAAUCAUCAACAGAUGCCAAAUAUACCUUGACACUCCCACUCACCACUUUGGUUUCAGACCUUAAACAGAAGCUUGCCAGUUCCGAAUAUGCCGACACCCCCGCAGAACGUCAACGAUUGAUCUACUCGGGUAGAGUAUUGAAGGACACCGAGACCCUGAAUGCCUACAAGAUCAAGGAUGGCCACACCAUCCAUCUUGUCAAGAGUGCUGCGAGCAAUGCCCGCCAGACCACAGCUGCUCAGCCCAGCCCCGCUGGUGCCACCACUGGCGCAACACCAACCCCUGCUGCGGCUGGUGUCCCAACCAAUCUUGCUGCUGGGACUGGUAACAAUCCUCUUGCGGGGUUGACCGGUGCGAGAUAUGCCGGAUUUGCUCAGCUCCCCGGCGCUGGACUAUUCGGCCCUGAUGGUGGGAUGGGCCCUCCUCCCGAUGCCGACUCAAUGCUCAAUAUGCUUGAGAAUCCCCAGUUCCAAUCUAGCAUCAACGAAGCUCUUCAGAACCCCGCCAUGAUCGAUAUGAUGAUUCAGCAGAAUCCCAUGUUGCGUGAUAUGGGACCCGGAGUGCGCCAGAUGAUGGAAAGUCCAGAGUUCCGUCGCAUGUUGACCGAUCCUAGCUCAAUUCGCCAGAUGAUGCAGAUGCAGCGCGCCAUGGGGAUGGGUGGUGGGCUUGGAGGCUCAGGCGAAGGCGCAUUCCCCGCCCCUGGAGUUACCAACACAACUGCCGAAGAAAACCAAGGUUCUCAGCAACAGAACACACAGGCCAACCCAUUUGGCAUGCCUCCGAAUCCAUUCGGAGGUGCUGGCGCCAACCCCUUCGGUGCACUUUUCGGUGGCAACCCCUUUGGAAACCCAGCCCAGCCGACUCCCACCCCCGGUGCAGCUCAGCCUGGGGCGCAGGGCACCGAGUCGACUGAUCGCUCUACUCCGGCCGAGGGACAAACUCCCCAGGCUCCUGCAAACCCUUUCGCGUCACUAUUCAACCCGGCCGCAUUCGGCGCUGCUGGACAACCCGGCCAGGGUGGCGCCAAUCCCUUCAAUCCUCAGCAGAACCCGUUCCUCCGUGACCCCGCCCUUUUGUCCCAGAUCAUGCAGGGCAUGGGUGGACAGGGUACAGAAGGUGGGGCUGCUGGAGCGAACCCUCUGGCAGCUCUCCUCGGUGGCGGUGGCUUUGGUGGUAUGGGAGGUGGCUUUGGAGCCUCGCAGCCCCCUGACAACCGACCUCCCGAGGAGAGGUUUGCCGACCAGCUUCGCCAGUUGAAUGACAUGGGAUUCUUCGAGUUCGAGCGCAACAUUGAAGCACUGCGUCGGUCAGGCGGUAGUGUUCAGGGGGCCGUGGAGUAUCUUCUCAGCGGCCCUUGA